AUGGAUUGCAAUGCCGAUUAUCAUAAAUUAAUCGGAUGUUUGCUCUACCUAUCUGUGAAUAGUCGCCCAGAUAUUUUAGCAGCCGUUGGAAUCUUAAGCAGAAAAGUUAGCUGUCCAUCAACGACCGAUUGGACAGAAGCCAAAAGAGUGGUACGUUAUUUAAUUCAUACGGUGGACUACGGAUUGGUACUUGGACAAAGCGGAGUUGAUCUAAGCCUGAAAGGGUAUUGUGAUGCCGACUGGGCCGGCGAUACUACUGAUCGCAAGUCCUGUAGCGGUUACUUGUUUUGUCUAGGAGGAGCUACCGUGAUAUGGGCUAGUCGAAAGCAGAGCUGUGUGGCCAUGUCUACCAUGGAGGCCGAAUACAUUGCUCUGUCCGAAGCUACGCAGGAGGCCGUUUGGUUACGGCGAUUGUUGUCUGAACUACACGAAAAGCAAUGUCGAGCUACAGUCAUCUUUGAAGACAACAGGAGUUGUUUGGACUUCGUCGUGUUGGAUCAACAAAGGAAGCGAUCCAAACAUAUAGACACGCGGUAUCAUUAUACCAGAAAUUGCUGUACAUCCGGUGACAUCGAGCUUCAAUAUUGUGCGUCGGAGUUCAUGGUUGCGGAUAUCUCGACAAAGCCGCUAGGUUCUACCAAAGUCAAAAGGUUCGCUGCGAAGAUGGGAUUGGCCCCAGUGCCGAUCGAGGAGGAGACCGUGCAGAAGACACGGGGUUAA